CCUUCCCAAAAACUUUUCCAAUCUCAAUAUUUUUUCAUCACUCAAUUUACUCCUCUCUCUCUCCUCAAUCAUUCCUCGUGAAUCGAACUGCUUUGAAUCAAUCAAAUUCCAAAAGUUUGCCAAAUCUUAAUUUUUCAUUUUUAUUUUUCAGAAAUUCAAUCAUAAACUGCCAAAGAUAUCAGUUUGUCUGCAUUUUCUGCAGUCAUUUUCGUCAAAUUUCUUUCGCAUAUUCUUUUUCUAUCGUUCUCCAAUUUUUCAGAAAAUAUCUCUGCAAUUUGCAAUUUAUUUUCACUAUUUCUACAUAUAUAACGCUUCAUUUUAUUUGCUUUUAGAUAUUAUUUCUCAACUUUUUUUAAUAAUCAUUAUUGUUUCAGCUGGUGCUUGAAAUUCUGUGGAAUUUCUGGAGUGGAUUAACUGCUGCAAAUGGGGACAGAGAAAGCCAAUGGUGUGUCAAAGCAUGGAAUUGCUUCGAAAAUUCCAGCUGAAGCACAUCCAUUAUCUGAAGAACCAACUGAAAUUGCAUCAAACAUUAACUACCAUGCUCAGUUCAGCCCUCAUUUCUCCCCUCUAAAGUUUGAGCCAGAGCAGGCUUUUUAUGCCACUGCAGAGAGUGUUCGGGAUCGUCUUAUUCAGCAAUGGAAUGAAACCUAUUCGCACUUUCAUGAGGGUAAUCCAAAGCAGACGUACUAUUUGUCCAUGGAAUAUCUGCAAGGACGAGCCUUAACGAAUGCUGUUGGAAACUUGAACAUCCAAGAUGCUUAUGCAGAUGCUCUAAAUAAACUUGGACAUCAGCUUGAGGAAGUUGUUGAGCAGGAAAAAGAUGCAGCACUUGGAAAUGGUGGCUUAGGGAGGCUUGCUUCCUGCUUUUUGGAUUCCAUGGCUACGUUGAAUCUUCCUGCAUGGGGAUAUGGUUUAAGAUAUAGGCAUGGUCUUUUCAAGCAGCUAAUUACUAAGGAGGGCCAAGCAGAGGUUCCUGAAGACUGGCUCGAGAAGUUCAGUCCUUGGGAAAUCGUCAGGCAUGAUGUGGUAUUUCCUGUCAGAUUUUUUGGUCAAGUUCAGGUCAAUCCCGAUGGAUCACGAAAAUGGGUUGAUGGUGAGAUUAUUCAGGCUCUGGCAUAUGAUGUUCCUAUCCCAGGUUACAAGACCAAAAACACCAUUAGUCUUCGUCUUUGGGAAGCAAAAGCUUGUGCUACGGAUUUUGAUCUGUUUCAAUUUAAUGAUGGACAGUAUGAAUCUUCUCUACAAAUUCAUUCCAGAGCUCAACAGAUCUGUGCUGUUCUCUAUCCAGGAGAUACUACUGAAGGCGGAAAGCUGUUGCGUCUGAAGCAACAAUUCUUCCUGUGCAGUGCUUCACUUCAGGAUAUCAUUUUCAGAUUUAAAGAGAGGAAGGAGGGAAAGACCCCCCUGCAGUGGUCUGAAUUUCCAAGCAAAGUUGCUGUUCAGCUUAAUGAUACACAUCCCACACUUGCAAUUCCAGAGCUUAUGCGUUUGCUGAUGGAUGAUGAAGGGCUUGGUUGGGAUGAAGCUUGGGAUGUGACAACCAGGGCCAUUGCUUACACAAACCACACAGUUCUUCCUGAAGCUCUGGAGAAGUGGUCACAAUCUGUAAUGUGGAAGCUUCUCCCUCGUCAUAUGGAGAUCAUAACAGAAAUUGACAAGCGGUUUGUGGAGUUGAUACAUUCCACAAGGCCUGAUCUUGAGGACAAGGUUAACUCUAUGUGCAUUUUGGACAACAAUCCACAAAAACCAGUGGUGCGCAUGGCAAAUCUGUGUGUGGUGACUUCUCAUACGGUGAAUGGUGUGGCACAGUUGCACAGUGACAUCUUAACAUCAGAAUUAUUUGCAGACUAUGUCUCAAUAUGGCCUACCAAAUUCCAAAAUAAGACAAAUGGUAUUACUCCUCGACGGUGGCUUAGAUUUUGCAAUCCAGAGCUCAGUAAUAUCAUCACAAAAUGGUUGAAAACUGAUGAAUGGGUUACAAAUCUUGAUCUCCUUGUUAAUCUGCGCAAAUUUGCUGACAAUGAGGACCUCCAAGCUGAGUGGGCUUCUGCCAAAAUGGCAAACAAAAAGCGCUUGGCACAAUAUAUUCUUGAAAUUACAGGUGUAAGCAUAGACCCAAAUAGCCUUUUUGACAUACAAGUCAAGCGAAUUCAUGAGUAUAAAAGACAACUACUAAACAUCUUGGGUGCAAUUUACAUGUACAAGAAGUUAAAGGAGAUGAGUCCGGAAGAGCGUAGUAAUGCUACACCUAGGACCAUCAUGAUUGGUGGAAAGGCCUUUGCAACAUAUAUAAAUGCUAAAAGAAUAGUGAAAUUGGUAAAUGAUGUGGGCUCUGUUGUCAACACUGAUCCAGAAGUCAACAAUUAUCUCAAGAUCGUUUUUGUUCCGAACUACAACGUAUCUGUGGCAGAAAUGCUCAUUCCUGGAAGUGAGCUAUCACAGCAUAUCAGCACUGCUGGCAUGGAAGCCAGUGGAACAAGUAACAUGAAGUUUGCCCUCAAUGGAUGCCUCAUCAUAGGAACACUGGAUGGUGCCAACGUUGAAAUCAGAGAAGAAAUAGGAGAAGAUAAUUUCUUUCUCUUUGGAGCAACGGCAGAUGAAGUGCCAAAGCUCCGUAAGGAUAGGGAGAAUGGAUUGUUCAAACCAGAUCCUCGCUUUGAAGAGGCUAAAGAGUUUAUAAAAUCAGGAGCUUUUGGAAGCUAUGACUAUAAUCCUCUCCUCGAUUCUCUUGAAGGCAAUACUGGCUAUGGCCGUGGAGACUAUUUCCUUGUUGGUCAUGAUUUUCCUAGUUACAUGGAUGCUCAGGCUAAAGUUGAUGAAGCAUACAAGGACCAAAAGAAAUGGCUGAAGAUGUCUAUACUGAGCACUGCUGGGAGUGGCAAAUUUAGCAGUGACCGGACAAUUGCACAAUAUGCCAAGGAGAUAUGGAACAUAGAAGAAUGCCCUGUAAAUUAAAGAGGGGAUGAAUGAUCUGAAGACGUCUAGUCGUCUAUUCAUUUGUGUAAUGCUACAAGUGUAAUUUAGUGGCAACCUUGGAACUGUUUAAUGUACUGAAACAGUAGCACCAGAAGUGCCAUGAACAAGUAGUUACUUCAUCAAAAUAAAGCUAGGCCUAAAUCAUGUUCAUCUAUUUUGUGUACCGUCUUUUCAUGCGGUUGUUCUACUAUAUAAGAUUAUUGAUUCAAGAUGCCCUACCUUUCAAUAUUUAAAUUUAAUCAAACACAGAAAUAGUCUUCCAAUUGUAUAAGCUAUAUUUGUUCAACAAAAGAAGCUCACAAUGUAUAUUUACAUAA